UGGAGGCGCGUGAGUAUUGACCUUCUAGUCCUGAUAAAUUUGCCUCAGUUCAGCUAGUAAGGGCAAAAAGAGAGGUUUCCAGAAAUAUUACUAUAAAACGCCACGCAGAAUGUAUGCAUAGAGACAUUUUAGUUCCUGCACACUUGAUCGAGACGAGCGAGAUGACCUUUUUGGGACCCGGGUCCGAUCCCAAUAGGAUAACUCCCAUCCAGCAGAUGAUCGCCUCGUGCUCCGGGGCCAUCCUGACGUCGCUGUUUGUGACACCGCUGGAUGUGGUGAAGAUCAGACUGCAGGCUCAGAAGCACCCCUUCCCAAAGGGAAAGUGCUUUGUGUACUGCAAUGGUCUAAUGGACCACAUCUGUGUGUGUGAGAACGGCAACUCCAAGGCCUGGUACAAGGCGCCUGGCCACUUCACCGGAACACUGGAUGCUUUCAUGAAAAUAAUUAGGAGAGAGGGACUGCGGUCAUUGUGGAGCGGCUUGCCUCCGACGCUAGUCAUGGCGGUACCAGCGACUGUCAUCUACUUCACCUGCUACGAUCAGCUGUGCGCAGCCCUGCGGGCAAACGUGGGCGGUCUGUCUGAGCAGGCUCCGCUGUUGGCUGGGGCGAUAGCUCGCCUGGGCUCAGCCACAGUGAUCAGUCCACUGGAGCUGAUCCGCACCAAGAUGCAAGCGCAGAAACAGUCCUACGGGCAGCUGAGCGAGUGUGUCCGCUCAGCUGUCCACAACGAGGGCUGGCUGUCCCUGUGGCGAGGCCUCGGCCCCACACUGCUGCGAGACGUUCCCUUCUCAGCACUGUACUGGUACAACUAUGAAUGGGGUAAGCGGUGGCUGAGCACACGGUGUAACUGGGGGGAAUCCAGCUUCCUCGUGACCUUCACAGUCGGUGCUCUCUCUGGAUCUGUCGCUGCUGUGCUCACCCUCCCAUUUGAUGUGGUAAAAACAAGGCGGCAGGUCGAACUGGGGGAACUCCAGAUUAUGAACCUGCCGGCCAAAGUGUCUCCCACGACGUACCACGUCAUGAAGAGGAUCGUGACGGAAAAUGGAGUUAAGGGACUUUUUGCUGGUUUUCUACCCCGACUCAUCAAAGUGGCCCCGGCGUGCGCCAUCAUGAUCAGCACAUACGAGUACGGCAAGGCCUUCUUCCGCCAGCACAAUCGUGAGAGGGCAGCGGCCCUGCUGAGGGCAGGCCCCUGAACGGGUCCCGGUGCAGCAAGACGGAGGCCGAGCCCUUGUACCCAGGAACUGCCAACAGUUACCAGCUCUGAGAUGGCACAACGCUCACGUGUAAGACUGCGGUGGGGGUUGGGGGUAACGAGGCGGGCUGUGGUGCUCGGUGAACGUUGGCAUGUCACGGGGAGACGCAGUCCAACGAACGAGACGGAAUUGACUGAGUCGCCGCACGUUUCCUGUGGUUCGUCGAUAUUUUGUAAUAAAGGCACAAAACACAAGUGAGCCAAUGCCAUUUCACCGCAGGCAGAACAAGGUAAUGGGUCGAUGUCAUUGUUCACUGAGUAGUAGCUGGGCUUACAUUUAUUUAUCAGACACUUUUCUCCAAAGUGACUUCCAAUGAACUCUAUGUAGUGUUAUC